AUGGCCUUUGGAAGCUUUGCUGAUGUGUGUAAUAGAACCGCGUUCCCGCUCUGCUCGGUGGUGGGUGCAGUCAACCAGUCAUCCUAUUUCACUCGGGGGAUCGUUCCAACUUGUUAUGCCAGAUCAGUUGAAUUGGCUAACACAAUGAUUUUUCAAAUUGGUACCGCUUUUGUUCAUUUUGGUGGGUUGGUAAUCUUAUUGAUUAUCAUCUUCAACGUUCGUGCCAAGUACACCGCCAUUGGUAGAACUGAAAUGUUAUAUUUUUUCUACUUGUUCAUUGCUCUAACUAUAAGUUCUUUAGUGGUGGAUUGUGGUGUUAGUCCUCCAAGUAGUGAAAGUUAUGCUUAUUUUGUAAGUUUACAAAUUGGUUUUGCUAGUGCUGUUUGUUCUUGUCUUUUAUAUAAUGGUUUACUUUGUUUCCAAUUCUGGGAAGAUGGCUCGAAAACUUCAAUGUGGUCCGUGAGGUUAAUUACCAUCAUUUGGGGGUUUAUCAAUUUUAUCAUUAGUUUAAUCACUUUUAAGGGUUGGGAUACUGCUUUGGAUGAUACUAAAACUGAAACCUUGUUCAUCUUUACCUUUGUCAUAAAUGCAAUCAUUUUAGCUGCUUAUGUCAUUUCUCAAGUCAUAUUGGUGAUUUUCGCUUUAGACUCUUACUGGCCCUUGGGUGCUAUCAUCUUAGGGCUAUUCUUCUUUGCUGCUGGUCAAGUCUUAGUUUAUGGUUUUAGUGAUAAAAUUUGUGAAGGGGCCACCCAUUAUAUCGACGGGAUCUUCGUGGCUUCAGUCGCUAAUGUCUUCACCAUCAUGAUGGUCUACAAAUACUGGGAUAUGAUCACUACUGAUGAUUUGGAAUUCUCAGUUGCAAACGUGGAACAUGGUGUUAAUGCCUUUGGUGAAGACGAAAAAAGACAGUCAAUGUUCUUUUAA